UUGAGAGCAAAUCCAGAGCUUCUUCCAAGAUGCUGCUGAUCCUGCUCUCAGUGGCCUUGCUGGCCCUGAGCUCAGUUCAAGGUUCAGUUUCUGAAAGCAGCAGUGAAGAGUCUCUGAGAACUGUAUUAGAUGAAACCAGCUCAGACUCAAGCUCAGAUGAGGAUGUUUUCAUACUAUCUCGUGGAAAACGCAGAGGAUCACCACCUUCUCCUAAUGAUGAAAAUGAAGAUGAGGAAGCUCCACCAGGGCCACCUCCACCAGGGCCACCUCCACCAGGACCACCUCCACCAAGACCACCCCCACCAAGUGAUGAUCCUCAGCCAAGUCCACCCUCACCAGAGGAGCAACCUGAGCAGAGUCCAGAUGAAGACUCACCAUCAGAGUAAUCUGAAAGUCAUUGUCAGAGCAUGAGUAUGAAGAUACCAGUCCUUCAGAAAGCCAUGACAUUGGAAGACAUCUGUCUUCAGUUUACCAAUAAAAUAAUCAGCAUCCAGUU